AUGGCAGACAUCGAGGACCGGAUAUUGCAGCACUCCCACGCUUUCGAGGGACUAUUGUCGCUUGUACCGGUAACUGAGAAACGAGUACUUACGAAACAAGAGAGGAAAGAGGAAGAAAAGAAGGCAAAGAAGGCGAAACUUGAGCAGAAGCUUGCGGUGCGAGGGGAACAGAUAGAUAACGGAGAACCAAAGAAGGAAGCUGUAUACCAGAAAAAACCUAAGGAUCCUAAGCCCAAGCAGAUACCAGAAGAUAAAUCUUCAGAGGCACCGCUGGUAGAAAAUACAAGUGCAGAGAACUCCGCCAACUCAAAGCAGAAGAAGAAGCAGCAGCAGCAGAAGGAAAAGGCGACAGCAAAAGAUGAGCUGAGUAAUGAUGCAGCUGAGAAGACAGAGUCUGGAAAAAAGGAGAAAUCAGGGUCCGGAAAGAAGGAGCUCGCGAAGAAGGCGCUUGAAAAAAAGACGCCUGUAAAGAAUGUCUCCACAAAGAAGGAAACGACUAAGGAGGAAACCGCAAAGAAGAUGGGGCCCAUAAAAAAGAGGCCUGUAGAGCAGGAAGGUGCAGAGGAAGAUGUAUCGACAGAAACCUCUAUAAAAAUCUCUUUAGACCCUUCAGAAAUUACUGUGGCGCCCUCCGGCGAUAUCGCAGCACACUCAGAGGAUACUGAUACACCCCCGCAACCUACCGAGCCCAUCUCUCCUACAGCCCGUGCGGAAGCUCGUGCCCGACUUGCAGCUCAUAUAGAAUCCCUACGCACCCGCCGAAACCCCAAAUCAACUGCUCGUGCUGCUCUACUCGAAGCCCGUGAAAAAAAGGCCCAGGCCCGCAAAGAGCGCAAGAAGACACUCCGCCUCGCUCAGAAACUAGAGUCUACCUCUCUCGAUUCACCUGACUCGCCCACUUCUCCACAGGCCCGCCCACCACCAAUGACACCUAAAGAGAUGGAAAAGGCCGAAAACAACUUCACGUUUGGCGCCGUUACAUUCGACGACGGCCAGGAGCUGGAUCACACAAUGUCGGACUUCAAGAAGAGCCGCAAACGCAAGGGACCCACGGAUGUGAUGGGGCAGCUUAAGCAAGUCGAGGCGAAGAAAGCACGGCUAGAAACAAUGGAUCCGGAGAAGAGGGAAAAGAUCUAUGAGAAAGAGAUGUGGAGUAAGGCGUUGAAGCAGACAGCGGGCGAGAAGGUGAGAGAUGACGAAAAGCUACUCAAGAAGGCACUGAAGAGGCAGACGGUGCAGAAGAAAAAGAGCGAGAGGGAAUGGAAAGAGAGAAAGGAUUCGGUAGCUAAGGGGAUUGCGGUGAGGCAGAAAAAGAGAGAGGAAAAUAUUAACGCAAGAAAGGAGCAGAAGAAACUUGGAAAGGCAGGAAUGAAGAAGAAGGCGAAGAUGGCCCAGAAGGCGGGUGGGAAAAAGAAGCCUCCACCCCAACACUCGAAGAACAAGGGCGGAAAAAAGUCGGGGGACAAGUCCAAGUCCAGUGGCAAACCCGCCGGUAAAACUGGGGGUGGAAAGAAAUUUAGUAAAUAA